AAGGCACCGACGACCUUCCGUCUGGUCGAUGGACAUGAGCAGUUCAUUCAGAAAUAGAGAGCGGCCUCCGGCCUCCCAUUCCCCAGGCUGGAUGCAUGCAUGCAUGCAUGCAUAAGCCUAAUCCGUCUCAGAGUUUUAACGACUCCCCGGCGUUUCCGCCAGUCGCGUAAGGUAACGUAACGUAACGUCGACGACGACGACGACGACUAUCGAUCGAUCGAUCUUCUUCUUCCCCCGGACCGGGACCCGUCUUCUUCCGCAGCUCCUCGAUCUAAUCGAUUCAUGGAGCGCCUGCUUGGGCUGCUCAAGGUGAAGGUGGUGCGCGGGUUGAACCUGGCCAUCUGCGACCCCCUCUCCCACAGCAGCGACCCCUACGUCGUCAUCCGCCUCGGACAGCAGAAAGUAAAGUCCAGCAUCAAAUAUAAAACCAUCAACCCAGAAUGGAACGAGGAGCUCACCUUGUCUAUCACAAACUGGACGCUCCCGGUUAAAAUUGAAGUCUUUGACCAUGACACUUUCACCAAGGAUGACACCAUGGGCGAUGCAGAGUUCGGCAUCCUUGACUUCGUCGAGAUCGCCAUGAAGGACCUGAGCCAUGUCCGUGAUGACACGGUGAUGAAGACGUUCCACCCUGAAGAGGACAACUGCUUCUCGGCCGACAGCCACAUCACAUGGAAAGAUGGGAAGGUCUCUCAGAAUAUCUACCUGAAGCUGAGGAACACCGACACUGGCGAGAUCGUCAUGCACCUGGAGUGGGUUAACAUCCCAGGCAUGGCGCGGUGAUUUGAUUUGCAGAGGCCAGAUAUUGGUUGCUUUUCGUGAUCGUAAUGUUUCUUCCUCCAUGAGCUGUGAAAAUAAGCAACGUCUAUUGCAUGCCUGACAUAGCAUCCACUGUAAUGAUCUGUGGAUCUCACCAGGGCUUUGCUUAACGUCUAUAAGCAACGUCCUGGUGAGAUCCACAGGUCAUUACAGUGGGCGUUUCGUAAGGCAUUCGCUAGACUUAUGCUACUAUGGUAAUGCUUGCUUUCAGUUUUGAUUCUACAUAUGUUGUAUGGGGUUUUAAUACAAAAAGGUAUAUUUUGUCCUGAGACACAUGUAUAGCAACUCCAUGUUAAUUUACUAUAUCGAUCAUAUUAUCAACACACAGUUGAAC